GCCCUCAGCAGGGGGCGGGGCCAGCCUGAGCGCAUCCGGGUACCCUCCUGCCCCCUCCCAGGUGCGGGCCAACCUCCAGGAUGGCGGAAGCGCACCAGGCCGUGGCCUUCCAGUUCACCGUGACCCCAGAUGGGGUCGACUUCCGGCUCAGUCGGGAGGCCCUGAAACACAUCUACCUGUCCGGGAUCAACUCCUGGAAGAAACGCCUGAUUCGCAUCAAGAACGGCAUCCUUAGGGGUGUGUAUCCCGGGAGCCCUACCAGCUGGCUGGUUGUCGUCAUGGCGACAGUGGGUUCCUCCUACUGCAACGUGGACAUCUCUAUGGGGCUGGUCUGUUACAUCCAGAGACGCCUCCCUGAGGGAUGUGGCCCCUACCAAACCCCGCAGACGCAGGCGCUCCUCAGCAUGGCCAUCUUCUCCACUGGGGUCUGGGCGCUGGGCAUCUUCUUCUUCCGCCAAACCCUGAAACUGCUGCUUUCCUACCACGGUUGGAUGUUUGAGAUGCAUGGCCAGACCAGCUACUUCACCAAAGUCUGGGCUAUCUGUGUCCGCCUUCUGUCCAGCGGGCGGCCCAUGCUCUACAGCUUCCAGACGUCUCUGCCCAAGCUUCCUGUGCCCAAAGUGUCGGACACAAUUCAGCGGUACCUGGAGUCUGUGCGGCCCUUGUUGGAUGACAAGGAGUACCACCACAAGGAGGCGCUGGCCAAGGACUUCCAGAACAAGUUGGCCCCCAGGCUGCAGAAGUACCUGAUUCUCAAGUCCUGGUGGGCAACAAACUAUGUGAGCGACUGGUGGGAAGAGUACAUCUACCUGCGAGGCAGGACCCCCAUCAUGGUGAACAGCAACUACUACGUCAUGGACUUUGUGCUCAUCAGGAACACAGAGGUGCAAGCAGCUCGUCUGGGGAACGUCGUUCACACCAUGAUCACAUAUCGCCGCAGGCUGGACCGCGAACAGAUCAAGCCUGUGAUGGCACUGGGCAUAGUGCCUAUGUGCUCCUACCAGAUGGAGAGGAUGUUCAACACCACUCGGAUUCCGGGCAAGGAGACAGAUGUACUGCAGCACCUGGCGGAGAGCAGGCAUGUGGCGGUGUACCACAAGGGCCGCUUCUUCAAGGUGUGGCUCUAUGAAGGCUCCAGCCUGCUCAAGCCUAGGGACCUGGAGCUGCAAUUCCAGAGGAUCCUGGACGACCCCUCGCCGCCUCAGCCAGGGGAGGAGAAGCUGGCGGCCCUCACUGCCGGCGGAAGGUACCGCAGUCCGAGUCAGCAGACCCUGCUGGCUGGAGGUCAGGGCUCCGUGAGGAGAGGAGCUGGGCCCGGCACCCACCCGGGGACUCGGGGACUCACUCUGCCGAGGCACUGCCAAGGGAGGGGCGUGCGGGCCGCGCGCGGUGCCGAGAGGCAUGGUGCAGCGCUGCAGCUGUGGUGUCUAGCGGGGUGGUGGCCAGGUUGCGGUGCACGGGGGCAGGGGCACCUUCUGGGACAGCCCUGCAGUCCCACCGCGGCCCAGCUCCGGGCUGGGUCCUGGGAGGUGUCCCCUCCGCGGCCCGCAGCCGCCCCACCGCUCACCCCACCCUCACGUCCCAGAGUGGAGUGGGCCCAGGCACGCCAGACCUUCUUCAGCUCCGGCAGGAACAAGGCCUCUCUGGAUGCCAUCGAGCGCGCGGCUUUCUUCGUGGCCCUGGAUGAGGAGUGUCACUGCCAUGACCUGAAUGACGAUGCCUGCCUCAGCCUGUACGGCAAGGCGCUGUUGCACGGCAACUGCUACAACAGGUGGUUCGACAAGUCUUUCACGCUCGUGGUCUUCGAGAACGGCAAGAUGGGCCUCAACACGGAGCAUGCCUGGGCAGACGCCCCUAUCAUCGGGCACCUCUGGGAGUUUGUCCUGGGCACUGACACCUUCCACCUGGGGUACACGGACACUGGGCACUGCCUGGGCACACCGAACACUGCGCUGCCACAUCCUCAGCGGCUGCAGUGGGCCAUCCCGGAGAAGUGCCAGGCGGUCAUCGAGCGUUCCUACCAGGUGGCCAAGGCGCUGGCAGAUGACGUGGAAUUGUACUGCUUCCAGUUCUUGCUCUUCGGCAAGGGUCUCAUCAAGAAGUGCCGGACCAGUCCCGACGCCUUCGUGCAGAUUGCCCUGCAGCUGGCGCACUUCCGGGACAGGGGCAAGUUCUGCCUGACCUAUGAAGCCUCCAUGACCAGGAUGUUCCGUGAGGGGAGGACGGAGACUGUGCGCUCCUGCACCCGCGAGUCCGCAGCCUUUGUCAAGGCCAUGGUGGAAGGGACCCACAAGAAAGCAGACCUCCAGAGUCUCUUCCGGAAAGCCUCUGAGAAGCACCAGAACUUGUACCGCCUGGCCAUGACGGGCGCUGGCAUUGACAGACACCUCUUCUGCCUCUACGUGGUCUCUAAGUACCUGGGGGUCAGCUCCCCCUUCCUGGCUGAGGUGCUCUCAGAACCCUGGCGCCUCUCCACCAGCCAGACCACUCAGUUCCAGAUCCGCAUGUUUGACCCAAACAAGUACCCCAAUCACCUGGCCCCUGGCGGUGGUUUUGGCCCUGUGGCAGACGAUGGCUACGGGGUUUCCUACAUGAUUGCGGGUGAGAACACCAUCUUCUUCCACAUCUCCAGCAAGUUCUCAAGCUCAGAGACAAAUGCCCAGCGCUUUGGGAACCACAUCCGCCAAGCUCUGCUGGACAUUGCUGAUCUCUUCCAAGUUCCCAAAGCUGAUAGCUGAGGGCCGGAGAGAUGCCAGCCACCCUUUCAUCCCCACGUUAGAGGAAUGGGUCUGUGGUCAGCUUGCAGGCACGAGGGGUGGCCGUGCACAGGUGACCAGCUCCAAAGACAGCUCGGGCAGCAGGGGCUCCCCAGGCAGACGCUGCCCCUGAGGGUCCAUGUGGCAGAGGUGGAGUUGGAGCAUGGAGGGGGUUUUGAUUUUAUUUCUUGGUAGAUACUAAUAAAAAUAAGGCUGUGUAAUUCUCUCUGAGCCUGUAGGUUCCUGUGUUUUGUUUGGGAAGUAGAAGACUCUCCUCCAGCCCUAGCUCAGGCCAGAGAGAUGGCAAGGGCAGGGCUGAGACUGGGAGACUAGGAGAGGCUUGUGACCUCUUAUGAAAUGUGUCUCUGCUGAGGUCACUGUCCAUAGCCACUGUGUGCACUUGGAAUAAACUCUUGCUUCAGAACCUU